AGGAAAGUGGCGUCAAGACAAGGUUUCUGUAAAUCCCAUUGAAAACGAACAAAUCAGAACCAAAGACAGAGAAGUUGUCGGUGAAGCUUUGUUCCUCAGCUGAAGACUCGUGAGAUCAACAUGGCCGAAACACACAGAGUGACAGCACCAGGCAGGAAGAAAUGGGUUGUUCCACAGAGAAGUGAUGAAAACAAACCGAGUGUUCGUCCUCCUGACAGAAAGGCUGAGAGAAAUCUGGCGGUUCCUUUCAGAGGCCACAUCACAGAUGGGAUGCGUCCGGGGAAGAAGGUUGUAGUGGUCGGUGUUGUGGACUCGUGUCCUGACAGGUUCUACAUCGCCCUGACGUGUGGUCAUGGAUCCGGGGAGCCUCCUCCCGAUGUGGCUCUGGAGCUCUGUGUUCGCUUCAGGGACCGGCAAGUCCUACGAAGGGCCUGUGUGAGAGGAUCCUGGGGGGACGCCGACAGGGCCGUGCCUUUCUUCCCCUUCAUCAGGGAGCAGCCCUUCAAGAUUGAGAUUCACUGUGAACACAGUCGGUUUCGUGUGUUUGUGGACGGACAGAAGCUGUUUGACUUCCAGCACAGACUGACGUCGCUCGGUGACAUCGACACGUUGUGGAUCAAAGGAGGCGUCACCGUCACCAAACUGGCCUGAAGAGAAGGACAGUUAAAGUCCACUUUUCAAAGACAUGGAUCUCAAACUGCUCGUGUCACGACUUGCACGGACAAACUCUGUAUUCACUCUGGACAUUUUGGUUCCAGAUGCUCAAUAUGGAGAGAAAUUUGUCUCAAUAUUGGGGACAAAUAUAAGUGUUUAUGUUCUACUUAUGGAAAGUUGAAGCUGUGUGGGAACAACUGCCAAAAUCCACCCACAAAGUUCCCAGAACAUUUAUAAAAAUCCUAUUUUGGAAUGUGAAUGCCCUUCAUUGUUUUGUUGAUGAUUGAUUUAUCUUACUGUCAUCAGAGGCACAGACUUUCUAAAUAGAUUUUUAUGCGGACAGAUGUUCAGCCCACGUCCUGCAUCUGUAAAUAUCAUCUAACAGCAUAGACUCUGAUUAACUGAAGGCAGCUGAUUCUGUGGGUGGAACUGUUUUUAUAUUUUGUUCUAUGAAUUGUCUUUUUAAAUCACUUUGUGUAAUAGUAAACAAAGCCUGAAAAGGACACUGAGGCCUCUGUGAUCUGUAUGUGAUGACUACCUCAAACCACAUGAUGUGAUGUCCUGCUGCCAUCCAUAUUAAAAGUACAUGAACAUCUGUAUGAGAAAUACAUCAUUCUUUCUAUAUCCAGUGUAUGUUUUCAAAAUAAAGCGUAUUAUAUCUCAGUGA